AUGUCGCCGCGCACUGCCUUUGCCGCGCGCCGGCGUCAAGCACGCUCCUCUCUCGAGUUCCGCCUCCUCCUCCUCUCCGCAUUCCUCUUCUGCCUCGUUCUCUCCUGGUGCAGCAGCACCUACAGCCAACGUUCAAGCAUCCCUCGCGACCCGCCGCCGCAUACACGCAUCCGUACGCACCCUCUCCCGCAAGCCGCCGACCGAAUGAGAGUCCAGCUCGCCGACAGGUCCGCCGACCAGGAGGUCCUUGUGUCGCCCGACAGCCCGACCAUGGCCCUGCGCCUCGUCACCUUCAACAUUCGCUACGCCACCAAGCCUGGCGAGCGCGCAGGUGGCGAGCGGCCCUGGAGCGUCCGCUGCCCUCGCCUGGGCGCCCAGCUGCGCUUCAUCACUGCCGGCCACGAGAGCCCAUUCAUCUGCCUCCAGGAGGCCCUGCACCACCAAAUCGGCGACGUCCAGGAUCAGCUCGGCCCCCAGUGGGCGCACAUCGGCCGUGGCCGCGGCGAGGGCGAGACCGAUGGCGAAUUCUCCCCCGUCUUCUACCGCGCCGACGUCUGGAAGUGCCUCCGCAACGAGACGCGCUGGCUCAGCCCUACGCCCGAGAAGCCCUCCCGUGGCUGGGAUGCCGCCCUGAACCGCAUCGUCACCAUGGGCGAGUUUGCCCACCGCGAAACCGGCACACGCGCCAUCGUCAUGAGCACCCACUUCGACCACAUGGGCGUCAAGGCACGUACAAACAGCGCAAAGCUGCUCAUCAAGUUCGCCAGGGAGUGGGCCGAAGCCGCCCACAGCCCGCCGUCCGUUGUCCUUGUUGGCGGCGACUUCAAUUCGUCGCCCCACGAGGAGGCUUACCAGGUCAUGACGGCGCGAGGAUCCGGGAUGCUCGACGUGGCCGAUCUUGUGCCCGAGGAGCGCCGGUACGGGAAUCAUCUCACCUACACAAGCUUCGGCGAGCCCAGCGAAACGCCCAGCCGUAUCGACUUUCUCUUUAUCCAGGAUCCGCAUACUGCCCGGGUCGACACGUUUGGCGUCUUAUCCAAUAGCUUCGACGACCAGAUUCGCGUCUCGGAUCACCGCGCCGUUGUCGCCGACUUCACCAUCAAGGCUUAUUAG